GCAGGCGCGUCUUUACGGCCUCUGCAAACGCCCUGCGAUGUCCUCCAGCGAGCCGCUGGACCCGCCCAUCGUUUCUAAAGGAGCCUGGCAGGUGCUUCCACGGUCUUUCUGAGGAACACGAAUGACGGAAUAGGGGCACCUGCGCCCCAACGUGAAGGCCUCUCUGUGCCCGGUCCAACGAGCAGGCCUUGCACGAACCGGGCGUGGAGCCAACGCGCGAUUGUGACGUCAGGUGCGGGUCGGUGCGUGAUUGGCCUGCGGACAUGUGGCGCGCUCUGGCACGGGCUCGGACGAUUGGUCGAGCGGCGCGAGGAGGCGGGGCCUGGGUCGCGAGGUGCGGCCUCUUGAAGGCGUGUGAGGCAGAGCAGCGUCUUGCAGACAGCCGGCAGUUCAGUGUUCCAGGACAGAGCAGACAUCCCGUAACUAUGCCAGAAAUCACCACUGACAGCCUGGAUGAGCAACAGGUUAAGCUCCUGGCAGAGAUGUGCAUAGUUAUCGAUGAAAAUGACAAGAAGAUUGGGGCUGAGACCAAAAAGAAUUGUCACCUGAAUAAAAACAUCGAGAAAGGAUUAUUGCAUCGAGCUUUUAGUGUCUUCUUAUUCAACACGGAAAAUAAGCUCCUGCUACAGCAGAGAUCGGACGCUAAAAUCACCUUUCCAGGGCAGGACUAG